AUGACGGGGGGGCAAUGCUCAGCUCCGGCCACGUGCUCCCCACAGGUGCUCCUGGCUGCGCUGCGCUGCAGGACGCUGCUCACCUUCCUGGUGGUCCUUGGGGCGCCGGCAAGAGCCUGGAAGGGGCCGAGCCACAAGCAGCUCCUGCCAGCCCCCCAAGCCGGGGAUGGAGGCAAGCUGAUGAGGCAGGAGACCACCGGCACUAACGAGAUGCUGCCGGGUCUCCCUGAAAUGAGGAGGGGCGACCGUGGCUCUGUGGAAGGGUCUCAUCCGGACAAAGCCAGCCUGCCGCUGCUAGAGGGGUCAGCAAGAAAAGCAUUGCCCUGGCCGAUGAGCCCAGCUGCCAAGAGACCUGCUCCCAGGAAAAAGGCAAGAAAGGUGUCCCUGUCACUUGAUGUCCCCACCCACGUACUGAAAAUCCUGCUCGACCUGGCCAGAGAGAAGGAGCUGCAGGCCAAGGCGGCCGCCAACGCCGAGCUGAUGGCCCGCCUCGGGCGCAGGAAAUAA